AUGUCUUGUGAUGUAAGCAUUCUUCUUUACUUAAAAUCUGAGAAGUUGGGUCUUUCUCGGCCACCUUUAAGUCGAAUUGUACAUACCAGAUCACCUCUCCAUUUAAACGAUGUCCAAAAGUCCAACUCUUCACGUUCUAUUGAGGUUAGUAUUAAGGAUCCAACUAGUCCUAUUUCGAUUCUAUCGACUUGUGAAGACGAGUUUCCUGAAGAUGCUACAUUGACCAAUGUUUUUCUCUGUCGUGGACUCUACGACGUCAAGAUUCGUAGAGUAGUUCGCAAUCCCAGCCUCAUGCACUUUCAUCUUCCUUCUCUUGGUAGCUUGCUAUGCUCCUCACCUGGCUGUUCAACACCACAGGAUAACACCUCUCUGUUGGCUCUGACCUCUUCUAGAACUAUUGCUAGCAGUGCUGCAAUCCCACUUCCCUCCACUGCUUCAUCUCCCUCUUCCGCAAAUAUCGCGUCAGUCACCAGCUCUGUCCUGACCCUUAGCGAACCAAGAAACACUAAAAGGUUAUUUUCUACUCUUCAUACUUCUACGGAUGCUACAAGUCGACUUGACUUGCAGAAUUUGGACUAUGGCCAUUAA